AUGGAUACCGUCUCCCCUCCACCGGAAUCCUCCACUAAGGCGACGGAAGGUUCUGCACAUACAUCAGACACCAUCCCAUGCGAUGAUCUCCACACGCCUUACCCAAUUGUUCUGGCUAAGGAUGGAUCAUUUGAACCACAUGACCUAAAUUCGAAAUGGGAACCACCGCCAUGGGAUUUGUUUUCAAUGAAGGAAUUAUAUGGUAAUAUACUUGCCACAGGAUCUGGUUCGGGUUCUCAAGUUAUCCUGAUGCAUGAGCGCACACGCUUUGGUAUUCCCAAUGCAAAAGUCGGCCUGCGGCCUGAUGAGCACAAAAGCGGUAUGUCUGUAACUGAAGCUGCAGAGUUGGCCAAAGAGGCUAUGUGCUAUGCUGCAGAUUGUGCUCCGCAGUAUGGGGAUGUUGUUACUGUUUACUACCUAGGAAAUCAAGGUUGCAGGAAGCUGCUUGAGGAAUAUGUUGAAGCAUUUUGGCAAAAGGUGGAGAUCAAAUGCACUAGGUGGAGGUUCGUGGUUAUAGGACCAGGAUGGUCCACGCUGUAG